AUGCCACUUGUGUCUGAGCCGCUUGAGGCUCGAAGGCUCAAAGCAAGCCAACGAGUUGCGGCCCGUGCCCGUGCCCUUUCCAGCGAGAGCCAUGAGCCGAGGAAGCCGAGACAUGAGCCGGACGUUGAGCCGAGCCAGGGACGACCACCGCUUUGCUUUGCUGCCGCCGAGCGAAGCCAGGCCAUGAUAAAGGGGGAGGGGAUGCGCAUCGUCGCAACGCUCGUCUGCCCAGCGGAGCUUCAUGUGGUGGAUGGCGGAAUCCAGCUGGGCGACGACGUGCGCCCCCGCUUCAUGCACCUGACGCACCUGGAGCUGAAGCUCGGCCAGGCGUCGCAGUCCCUGCGGCUGGUCCCGGACCCGGAGAAGCACGGAGCGGAGGAAGACGGAGAGCUUCAGACGGUGCAGACCACAAUCACACUCCCAGAAAGCAUCACCCUUCCGGACGGAACCGCGGAGCGAACAAGAGUGCUGGGCUUCAAAUUCUGGGAGGCUGUGGACCCCGAGACCGGCAUCUCGAGGUUCCACAACCCGCAUGUGCUCCUGGACACCGGCGGCGUGCUGCACCUGGAGCCGCUGUCGAGACGCUUACUGAAAUCACGCUCCGUAGAAUUUGCUGGCAGACAGCGGUGGCUUCCGCCUUCCUUGGCUUCGCUCGAAAAAGAAGGUGGAGGUGAGCUGGGCGUCGCCAGCCUCGCCGAGGUGGUGGGCCUGAGGUGCCUGCGGGGAAGCGUCGAGCACGUCGUGGGCUGCAUAUAUGGCACCUACAAUGCAUCCGCUUCCGCAUGCAGCGCAUGCAGCGUGACGACGGUCACAGGCGGCUCCUUCAUGUUCUGGGUGGACCUCCUGGUCUUAACUUGCGCUCUGUUCUACAUCGACGUGAUCCUCGACGUCAAGCAGCUCCUCCUGUUCGAGCAGAGUGGCCUGUAUGGCUACUUAUGCCUUAACCUAUCGGGCAUGUCGCUGCCGCCCAUCUUCACCGCAAUUGAGGUGUGGCAUUUUCUAAGCCACCCAUCCAUGUACCGCGACCAUCUACAGUCGCGCCUGCACCCCCAGCUGCUGUUUAUUCUGAUGCUGCUGGCGAUAUUGAGCCAGACGCUGCCCCUCUUCUUGGUCGGGAUCUCCGCCCACGCAAGGCAGAAACACCCGCUGCUAGCUGGAGCCAAGGCUGCCGAGGUGGCCGAGUCCGCCAUCUCCGCCUUGGUGCAAGCCAACUUCUUGCUCUCGGCAGUGGGCGGCAUCGCCCAGAUCGAAGAGUUAGAGCUGUCAGAAAGCCAGGUCGUCAGCCUCGUGCUGUCCGUGGCGGUAUCCUGUCUGAGCCUUGGGCUCGGAUUUGGGACCCGGGACAAGAUCGACGCCGCAGUGCUGGGCCUGCCGGGCAAAGUGGACUGGGGAGUGACCCUGGCAGCGCUCGUCUCAGCAAGAUCCUUGGAAGUGCUAAGCCGCAUCCUGGCGCUCAACAUCUUCCAGAUCUCGGUGCGGGGCUUUCCCCUCCUCCGCUUCGGCGGCCUUGGGCUUGUGGGGCUACAUCUUCUGGCCUCCAAGCUGCUCUUUCCGGACGCCUCCGCUGCGGACGUGGCCGCCUCGGUGGUGGCGCACCCGGGGCAGGUCCUGGAGCCCAGCUCGCUCCUGCCCCUCAGGCGCUCCUUGGUGCUUCACGUCCUGCUCGUGGGCGCGGCUGCCGGGGCACAGCUGUUCUUGCGCAUCAGCUCAGCUCCAGAAGCCUGCAAGGUGCUGCCCGAUGUGUUGCUGCUCGCAUGGCUGGCCGUGAGCUUGGCCAGCUGGCUGCUGCUCGCCUUGCUGAGCCACUUGGGAGAAGAAGCAAAAGGCGGCCUGCACCGUUGGUGCGGCCGGGAUCGGGACCCUCGCUUCGUGGCCCUGGCAGCAGGUGGCCAGCCUAUCACCUACUCCACGCUGAAGGCCAGCUUUGGCGCGGACGGCCAGGUGCCGAAGGCGGUCUUGACGGCCUUGCAGGGCAAGCACCCGCUCGGCUUGGACACCGAAGCGGCCGUGCAGGGCCUAGAAGAGCACGGAGUGCAAUCGAUCCUGAACUCCGGCGUCAAUGUGAGACUUGGGAGAGGUGCUCAUGCGAAGCUGGGCCCGCAGCUCUUCGCGGACCUCCUGGUGCGCGCGAAGCUCGAGUCGUUGAGCCUCGACGAGCUUCAGCUCACGGCUGAAGAGUGGCAGGUGCUCGGCCCUGGCACCGAGUGGGAGAAGCUCACCAAGGCGAGCUUUGUGAAGUGCUUCGCAGAAAGCGGCCAGGGCGCCGCCGCGCUGCUCUCGAUCUUGGGUCGCUGUCCCAGCCUUGAGGAGCUGAACAUGGACCAUUGCCACAAGAUCCCCGGAGCCGCCUGGCAGCUGCUCGCCCAGGCCCAGUGGGAGAAGCUCACCAAGGCGAGCUUUGCUGGGUGUUUCCGCGAAAGCGGUGAGGGCGCUGCAGCGCUGCUCUCGGUCCUGGGGCGUGGUCAUCAGCUUCAGGACCUGAACAUGGACGGAUGGAGGAAGAUCCCCGGAGCCGCCUGGCAGCUGCUCGCCCAGGCCCAGUGGGAGAAGCUCACCAAGGCGAGCUUUAUUGCGUGUUUCGAUGAAAGCGGUGAGGGCGCUGCAGCGCUGCUCUCGGUCCUGGGCCGUUGUCAUCUGCUUCAGGACCUGAACAUGGACGGAUGGAGGAAGGUCCCCGGAGCCGCCUGGCAGCUGCUCGCCCAGGCCCAGUGGGAGAAGCUCACCAAGGCGAGCUUUCGGUGGUGUUUCUACGAAAGUGGUGAGGGUGCUGCAGCGCUGCUCUCGGUGCUGGGCCGUUGUCAUCAACUUGAGGUUGUCGAUUUCCACGGUUGCAAAGAGAUUGCUGCCGCAGCCUGGGAGCUGCCAAGAGGCGCCUGGCCGGCUCUUCGAUCGCAUGUGGGCGUGCCAGAAGAGCACCUGGACAAGCUUCGCGGACCUCUGCCAGCCUCUCAAGGCGAGACGGGCCAAACAGAGAUCGGAACUUCGGCCGGGCUUCGGAUGUCACCAAAGAUGGUGACCUCAGUGAUCAUGCCUUCAGCACCGCUGGAAGCACAGAGCGAUGCCGAGCUGUUUGCAGCACUGGGCCAAUGCGACUUAGAGGACCUGAACAUGGACGGAUGCAAGAAGGUCCCCGGAGCCGCCUGGCAGCUGCUCGCCCAGGCCCAGUGGGAGAAGCUCACCAAGGCGAGCUUUCGGUGGUGUUUCGAGGAAAGCGGCGAGGGCGCCGCCGCGUUGCUCUCGGUCCUGGGCGGUUGUCGUCAACUUGAGGAGCUGAACAUGGUCAGAUGCACGAAGAUCCCUGGAGCUGCCUGGCAGCUGCUCGCCCAGGCCGAGUGGAAGAAGCUCACCAAGGCGAGCUUUCGAGAGUGUUUCAAAGAAAGCGGCGAGGGCGCCGCCGCGCUGCUCUCGGUCCUGGGCGGUUGUCGUCAACUUGAGGACCUGAACAUGGACGGAUGCAUGAAGAUUCCCGGAGCCGCCUGGCAGCUGCUCGCCCAGGCCGAGUGGAAGAAGCUCACCAAGGCGAGCUUUCGAGAGUGUUUCAAAGAAAGCGGCGAGGGCGCCGCCGCGCUGCUCUCGGUCCUGGGCGGUUGUCGCCAACUUGAGGACCUGAACAUGGGCUAUUGCCAGAAGAUCCCUGGAGCUGCCUGGCAGCUGCUCGCCCAGGCCCAGUGGGAGAAGCUCACCAAGGCGACUUUUGUUGCGUGUUUCUGCGAAAGCGGCGAGGGCUCCGCCGUGCUGCUCUCGGUCCUGGGCGGUUGCCACCAACUUCAGGAGCUGAACAUGGUCAGAUGCACGAAGAUCCCUGGAGCUGCCUGGCAGCUGCUCGCCCAGGCCGAGUGGAAGAAGCUCACCAAGGCGAGCUUUCGAGAGUGUUUCGAGGAAAGCGGCGAGGGCGCCGCCGCGCUGCUCUCGGUCCUGGGCGGUUGUCGUCAACUUGAGGACCUGAACAUGGACGGAUGCAUGAAGAUUCCCGGAGCCGCCUGGCAGCUGCUCGCCCAGGCCGAGUGGAAGAAGCUCACCAAGGCGAGCUUUCGAGAGUGUUUCUGCGAAAGCGGCGAGUGCUCCGCCGUGCUGCUCUCGGUCCUGGGUGGUUGUCGUCAACUUGAGGACGUCAAUUUUGUGGGCUGCGGUGAAAUUGUUGCCGCAGCUUGGGAGGGGCUGCCGGAAGGUGCCUGGCCGGCUCUUCGAUCUCAUUACGGCGUGCCAGAAGAGCACUUGAGCCGACUUCGACGAAGCCGCUCGUAG